AUGGCCGUGUGCGUGUACCUGGUCGAGCAGCUUGGCGUGAACGUCGAUGCCGCAGACGACAAAGGUGAUACACCUCUGAAGUAUGCACUUGGUUCGGGGAAUUUGGAUAUUGUGAGGUAUCUCCUUGAUCAUGAUGCUGAUCCAGAAAAGCCUGGUGAACACGGAGCGACCGCUCUCCAUGUGGCAGCUGGAGCAGGAAUGUGUGAAAUGAUAGAAGUCUUGCUCUCAAAAGGAGCUGAUGUUAAUUCCGUUUCUUUCCGUGGGACACCAUUGCAUGCUGCUAUUGUCGGGAAGCAUGAUGCUGCUGUGAAGACCUUGUUGAAUCACCAUGCAGAUUGUAACAAGGCAAUGGCCAUACAUUAUACGCCUCUGAUCGCUGCUAUCCAUGUUCGCUCACUGAAGUGUGUGAAACUUCUGAUUAAGGAGGGUGCUGAUGUAAAGGGUGUUGGUCCACUAACCCCCUUAAUAGCUGCUGCAGAUGAUGGUUUAACUGAUUUCAACAAACCUUUACUUGCGGCUGGUGCUGAUGCUGAUGUUCGGGAUGAUGUAAGGUUUAGUUUCUCAUGGAGGUCAACUGCCAAUUGA